GAGCGUGGACUCUUUGGCCGCCGUCGCUGAUGGGGUGCAGGAGGUCAUCAACGCGCUCCUGCGCCUCGGGGCUCCGAGCGCGCCCCGCCCGGAGACAGGCCCCGCGCGCUGCCUGCGGGUCUCCGAGGCCACGAGGCGCCGCGAACCAGACGAGCUCGGCGGCGAGCAGAGCGACGUGGUGACACACGGCCUGCGCGCGCUCCGGGUGCGCUACCAGUGCGUGCAAGACGUCGUGCACGCCACUAACUGGCUGUACGGCUGGGGCAACCUGAUAAUCAGCAGCUUCUCGCUGCUGCGGGGAGUGACGUUCCUGUACUGCGGCGUGAUCGUCACGAUGGCGCACGCCGCCAUGUUGGGGGAUUUGGGGGAAGAUUUUCCCUUUGACGUAUCGGAUGGAGUCUUCCUCCUGUUCUGGGGCACCGUCCUGAUCGGCAAACUCAUAUUUAUCUGCGCCAUUGGAGAACAGAUGAGAUCUGAGAGUUCUAGGAUUUCGGACGCCUUGCAGGCAGGGAUAACUCGCUACCCAGACAUGGAUCCUUCAGUCAAACGAGAAAUUCAGUGGUUUAUCUGCCAGACACAGAGACAGGAGAUUCGAUUUGGUGCUUUUGAUCUCUGUUACUUUGACUUGACAACCAUGAAUAGGAUCAUUGCUUCCGGUAUGACGUGCAUCGUCGUUUUAGUCCAAUUUUCAGCAAUUGCAGCUCACGGACGUAGCCAACUGAAAUAACAAUCAGAUAAAGCUCUGUGAACGGAUUUAUUGCGGAAAUAAUGUCGUGGACAUUGAAAGAUAUAUUUGACGGUCUUCUGAAUUAUUCGAGGAGUUGGGUUCGUCGUCUUUGGUAGGUUCGAUCCGUGAAAUCC